UUUUUUCUCACUAACUUCCUUCCUGUUCUAACUGCCUGACUACUCAGAAGUCAGAGUUGAGAGACAGAGGCACCCAAGACAGAGACGUGAACCACUGUAGAUCAAAAUGACUGAAAAGGCCCCAGAACCACACCUGGAGGAGGAUGACGAUGAGCUGGACGGCAAGCUCAAUUACAAGCCACCCCCUCAGAAGUCCCUGAAAGAGCUGCAGGAGAUGGACAAAGAUGAUGAAAGUCUAAUUAAGUACAAGAAAACGCUCCUGGGGGAUGGCCCUGUGGUAGCAGACCCAACAGCACCCAAUGUCACCGUUACUCGCCUUACCCUGGUUUGUGAGAGUGCCCCAGGACCAAUCACCAUGGACCUCACUGGGGAUCUUGAAGCCCUCAAAAAAGAAACUUUUGUGCUAAAGGAAGGUGUUGAAUAUAGAGUCAAAAUUCACUUCAAAGUGAACAGGGAUAUUGUGUCAGGCCUGAAAUAUGUGCAGCACACCUACCGGACUGGGGUGAAAGUGGAUAAGGCAACAUUUAUGGUUGGCAGCUACGGGCCUCGGCCAGAGGAGUAUGAGUUCCUGACCCCAACUGAGGAGGCUCCCAAGGGCAUGCUGGCCCGAGGCACUUACCACAACAAGUCCUUCUUCACCGACGAUGACAAGCACGACCACCUUACCUGGGAGUGGAACCUAUCCAUUAAGAAGGAGUGGACAGAAUGAGUCUACCUGCCCAUCCCUUUCCCUACCCCUGCCACCUGGAAGAACCCUCCCAGUGGGUUCACCACCCCGUCCUUCCUCCCUGCUCAUAGCUGGGUCCCUUCUCCAAUGCUCCUCUCAGUCUCUUAUUGAUGCGUCUUAUCCCACACUGUCUCUCAAAGGAGGCCCCAGCACAAGAUGCUUGAAACCCAGGCUUUCACCCUGCCCACUCCUUCUAUCCCCCAGCAUGGCCACAUCUUUGAAGUUCACCAUCUCAAUCCACAGUCAUUGAAUAGUUUCUUCUCUUAUUCCCAUUUGAGCAGCUAGAGGCCAGGAAAUGGGCAAAUUAUCACUAACAGUCCUUUUGCCUUGGGUUCCAGUAGUUCACUCACAUCCCUGGAUUCUUCUGUGGUUGCUGCUGGCUCAAUGAAGGUCCCUAAUCAUAUUCCCUGCCAGUUGGGGUUCUUCUUUUCUGGGAGACACUGUAAACAGCACAAGAGAGUGAAUAAAACAGUUGUACGAUC